CACCGCUAACCACUAGCCAGAACCCCCUCCUGGGCUAUGUAUAACCACUACUAUUUAUACGGAAAAGACCAUGUCCUCCAAACGGUGGCGGUCACCACCCUCCCAGAAACCUCUCUCCAAGACAACAGCUACUGGGUGAUCCUGAUACACGGUGGCGCCUGGCGAGACCCGACGCAGACCUCUAUCGGAUACCUCACCCACGCCGCGUCCAUCCUGACCUCCUCGCCCGCCUACACGUCCUCCACCCUCCCUCGCAUCGCCGCCUUCGCGUCCAUCGAGUACCGCCUCAGCCCGCACCCCGCUCACCCGCAGGACCGCCACACCACCGACCCUCGCGAGUACCGCGCCGCGAAACACCCCGACCAUCUCGCUGAUGUGCAGGACGCGCUGGCCUUCCUGCAGCGCAAGUACGGGUUUGGCGAGCGGUACAUUCUCGUCGGGCAUAGUUGCGGUGCGACUAUGGCGUUCCAGUCGGUGAUGGGGUGUUUGCGCAGCGGCGGAGAUAAUGAGGAAGAGCUGGAUGAGGAGCGGAAGGUCUCUCCCUUUGCUCCGACGGCGAUCCUAGGCAUGGCGGGGAUCUACGAUCUGAGGCUCCUGCGCGACACGUUCCGUGAUGUGUCUGCGUAUCAGGAGAUCGUCGAGGGGGCGUUCGGCAAAGACGAGGCCGUCUGGGACGCGGUCUCCCCUGCGGCGGUGCAGGGACCGAGCGGGGUGGCGGGGUGGAAGGCCGGUCGGUUGGCCGUGCUGGCAUACUCGCCGGAGGAUGGGCUGGUGGAUCCGACGCAGCGAGAGGCCAUGAGGCAGGCGUUGGCACCUUGGGAGAAAGGCCAUUCCCACGUUAAGAGUCGGCGUGUGGAAUUGCUGUCACUCACGGGCAGUCAUGAUGAAUCUUGGGAGAAAGGGCAAGAUCUGGCGAGGGCGAUUGCUUUCACAAUCGACAAGCUGGACGAUUGAUGAUUGUCUUCCCUUUUCGAUAGACGCAUUCCCCGUACAUAACAUCUAGACAGUGCAGGACAGAAUGACUGCAUGUUUACA